AUGUGCGUAUGUGUGUCCCAACAAUUUGAAGUGGAGAGAGUUCUAAAAGAAAUCAUUGAAUCAGCUGGUGGAGAUAAAUGUGAUGGAUCAAACUUGGAUGUAAUAGCACGUAAACUCCAAGAGAAGUUGAUGGGUAAACAGUUUUUGCUUGUAUUGGAUGAUGUCUGGAACAAAGAUCCUGAAAAUUGGGAAAUUUUGAAAGAGCCAUUAAAAUCUGGCAGUGAAGGUAGCAAAGUUAUUGUGAGUACACGUAGCUGUAAUGUUGCAAAGAUCAUAGCCACAGAUUACACUCAUCACUUGGAUAUAUUGUCGGAACAAGACUGUUGGUCUUUGUUUAGUGGAAGAGCAUUUAGCAAUGGAGGACCCCUAGAAACGCCAAACCUAGUGGAAAUUGGAAGGAGAAUUGUAAAUAAGUGUGGAGAAUUGAGUUAUGAUCAGGAAUUCCUUCAACAAUCCAAAGGAAGCAAACAAAUGGAAGAUGUUGGCAAUGAAUAUUUCAAUAUCUUAUUGUGGAAUUCUUUCUUCCAAGAUGUGAGGAAGGAUAAAUAUGGAGAUAUAGAGACAUGCAAGAUGCAUGAUCUUGUACAUGAUCUUGCACAAGUGGUUGGAAAGCUGGGUCUUCGUUACCUUGUGCUUGGUGAAGCAAAUGGUGAAGCAAACUGGUGGAAGCAAAGAAGUAGUAAUGGAGGGUUAUGGAAUUUAGGGGAAUGUUUACGAGAGAAUACUUUAAACCUCAAUCGCUGUUAUAAUUUGAAAGAGCUUCCUAAGGAACUGAGAAAGAUGGUUAGCCUUAGACAUAUUGAACUUGACGAGUGUGACAAAUGCAUUAAGAUGCCAAUUGGGAUGGGGAGAUUGACUAAUCUACACACAUUAAAAAGAUUUAUUGUAGGCAAAGAUGUUGGACGAAGUAUUAAACUGCUGAAGUGCUUGGAUCUCAAAGGUGAACUGACCAUAUAUGAUUUGAAGAAUGUAACAAGUGAUACAGAAGCCAGGGAGGCAAAUUUGAGAGGAAAGCAACAUAUUCAUAAUUUAUCAUUAGAGUGGCAUAAUCCAUUCAUGCCCUGUGAAGAUGAUGACAUUGUCAAAAUGAAUGAUGUGUUAGAAAGUGACAUUGGCAAAAUGGAUGAUGUGUCAGAAGGCCUAGAACCUCAUCCAAACUUGAAAAGCUUUUCGUUUGGAGAUUUUGAGGGUGCAAAAUAUCCUACAUGGAUGGGAAGUAGUUUGUCAACAUACAAAUAUUUGAUUGAGUUGCAACUCGGUCCUUGUCCUAGAUUGGAAUAUGUCCCAACGCUUGGGGAGCUACAACUUCUUAGGGAUCUUGAAUUAUGUGGAAUGGAGAAGGUGAAAUGUAUUGGUCAGGAAUUCUACAAUAGCAGCAACAAUGGAGCAACUUCAUGCACAGUAGCAUUUCCAUCUCUUAAGCUACUACGGCUAUCUAGGAUGCCUAAUUUGGUUGAAUGGUUAGAAGUGUUGCCUAAUUCCUUUCCCUUCUCUCAAAACAUUGCAUUGUGA